CGGAAGUCAGUUAUGUACACUGACAACAUUUAAAGUGAAAUAUCAUGAAACGUUUUAAAUGAGUAGAUGAACUCAAGCUUUCAAUUACUUAUACAAACCUAAGCGACUAUGGCAACGAUGUGUAUGAACAUUGGGAUAUUUCUACUGAUAUCUAUGCACAUCCACUUCUCGCGUUCUUUAGGGGAUUGCACCAAUUACAACUUCUCCCUUUGCUGGCUCAUGAAAGGCACUAACUCUACAUACACUGACAGACCUAAAAUUAGUGUGAAGCUGAACGAUGCCGAGAUAACGUCUGUUGGGAAGCUGGGAAAACUCACCUCUGUCACCAUUCCACCUUCUGAGCAACACACUAUUAAAUUGCAGUAUGGGGAUCUGCCAAGGGCCUGGACCUUUUCAAUUAAUGACCGAUUAAACACAAUAGAAUUCCAAAGAGCAGAUUCUGCAGUAGAGAACACCCCCAAUCAAAUUACACUGGAUGCCCUGAAGUCCUUCUCGCCACAGCAAGCUUUUGCAUGUGAGGAGGAUCCUCAGUAUCUUCAGCAAAGUGAAGACUUCAUCCUGUUAUUAGGCCACACCACCCGCCACCCUCUCAAGCUGGAGGCCCACAGCUCCUCCAUGCUCCUGGUGUCGUGGAGAGACGCUGUGACCACCCCCGCCACCUCCUCUCUUCCCCAAACCCCUCCGUCCAAGACACCUCCCCUGUCCUCCUCUUCAUUUCAGCGGUCCUCCUCCGUUACUUCCUUUCCUCCUCGAUCUCCGUCUCCAUCCAAGGAACCUCCCCUCUCCUCUUCCCUCUUCUCCUCCUCCCUCACCUCUUCUCUUCCUCAAUCUCCAAAUCCUCCUCUCUCCUCCUCCAAUGUCACCAUCUCCUCUACUCGAUCUCCAUCUCGUCGGUCCAAAAAGCCUCCUCUCUCCUCCUCCACCAUCACCUCCUAUCAUCCUCGAUCUUCAUCUCCUCUCUCGAACACACCACCCCUCCACUUCGUCUCCAUCCACCACUUGGAGCUGCGGGUCUACGCUACCCUGAGUUCUGACACCACGGCUGCCCCAUACUAUCGCUACACCAACUUGAAGGGCUGCACGCCAUACGUGGCCUGUGUGGAGAUGUAUGGAGGUCCUGCUGUCAUCUGCCUGUACACAAUUACAGAUCCAGACGUGCCCCGAAAUGCCCAGGUGACCUCCUGGAACACCAGUCAGCUGACGGUGGGCUGGGACUGCCCACGCAACAACAGGUACUCCCUUUUCCUGCUCACCGUGCUCCACCUCAACGGCACGGACCACAUAGUGGAGGAGCAGACCUACCGCGUCUCCCAGCGUCCCUUCCUGUUCACCGCAGACAACCUGCCACCGUGCAGCCGCGUGCAUUUCUACCUGCAGACAGUGUGCGUGUCCGGAAUGGAGACGAGGAUGAGCAAGGCUGUAAUGGUUGAUGGGAACUCUGCCCAAUCUGCAAUCCAAAGCAUCCGUCAGUCCUCUGCUGGCCCAGAGAACUACACUUUGAGCUGGACAGUAUCAGAUGCGUCCCUGAUUUCAAUGUUCAAGGUGUACCACCAGGGGGUGCUGCAGGGCUCCACACUGCUCACCACGCACACGGUGGCAGGCCUGGCUCCGUGUCGACGAUACGAGGCCAGGGUGGAGGCAGUGUGUGGAGCCAGUAUCGUCAUGAAUGUGAAGAGCCUUCAGACACACACAGGCCCCAGAGCUGUAUCCAACCUGCUCUACCAACCUGACACCUCCACAGUUGUGUGGUCAGGACCCUCCAGCAGCAGCAGCAGCGGGGGUCGUGGUGGGACUUUUAUCUUCAACCUCAGCCAUGAGAACGGCCCCCUGAUCAGCAGUGGUAGCGUGGCCGAGCCCCAGUUGCCUCUCCUUGGCCUGGGUCUGGGUCUGGGUCUGGCCCCGGGCCUGCCCUACGCCCUGGAGGUGUGGGAGCAAUGCCAUGGUUGGGAGUCCCCCUCCAGGGCACUGCUGUGCUUCACCAUCCCACCGGGGGAUCAUGGGACUGAUGGAGGGGGCCUCAGACCGCGAUCCAAUGGCGCAUCGAGGUCAGUCCUUGAUGUGAUUGUACCAUGGAGUUUGCCUGAACAGUUGGAGGACCCCAGCUCUCCAACACGCCUGGAGCUAGAACGCAUCAUCCGAAACAGAAUUUCUGAGGGUCUCAAAGACCUCCAUCAUCCAGUCAGUGUGGAGGUUUUGGCGUUUGAAGACUACGAUAACGGAACACAGACAAAAAUCAGCACUGUUGUGAUGAACUCCUCCAUUACGGAUGAAGAAAUUCUGCUAUCUCCAGAUACCAUUCUAGAAUUCAUCCAGAAUCUCUCACCGGAAUGGAUUACGGUGAAAAAUGGCAGGAUCUACUGGGAUGACCCAGAUGAGUGCUCCCUGCUUGUGCCAAGCCCAUGUGCCCCUCACUCCGUUUGCAUCAACACUCUGGACUCCUACACAUGUGUCUGCCAGAAGGGUUACUAUGACAUCAGUCCUCUCUUGACGCCCAACACAGCAUGCUUUGAGAAAGGCUUGUACACCCAGUGCUACCAAUCGUUCAUGGUUGGCAGCGUGGCCAAGGCGUAUCUGGAGGGUCACUUUGGGAGCACGGUGACGGUGGUCCUGAACGACGGGCGAUGCCCAGUGUUGGAAAGCCCGACACUGUACUACGUCAGGGUGUCACGACAACCAGGUCAAUGUGGAACCAAAAUAGUGAGCAAUAAGACCCACAUUGAGGUGGUCAAUGUGCUGAUGGUGGCAGCGGGCCCCGAGAGGGUCAUCACCCGGCAUCACCUCAGGGUCAUCUGGAAGUGUGUCUACCCCAGGAGCUACCUAGUCGAGGUAUCACAGGACACCCUGUACCCCAGGAUGAACGCUCCCCUCGACUGGACGUCAUCCUUUUCCCUGGUGGAGUACAACUCCUCUCACAUCCUGGAGGUCGACAUGGGCCUGUUCAAAGACCAGGCAUACGAGCACAGCUACACGUCCAGUGUCACCCUCUUUCCGGACGACUUCCUCUACCUAGAGGUGGCUCUGAGGGCACACAACACCUUUGCCUCUGACCUGCUACUGGAGGUGGUAGCCUGCUGGGCCACAGAGAGCCCUGACCCGGAGGACACCACCAAGGGCAUACUGCUCAGAGAUGGGUGUCCGGUGGAUAAAACAUUCCGGUGGUCAUCAGUGAAUGGCGCGGGGCAGACGGCCCGCUUCAACGUACAGAUGUUCUACAUGCCUGCAGGGCGUCCAUUCUACCUCCACUGCUUCACAAGAGUUUGUGCUCCAGAUGAGAACUGCACCACGACAUGUCCUGCUGAGAUGCUGUCCCGGGGACGCAGAGACGUGCGUCAUACUGCCUCAGCUGUUGUCACUGCUGGACCGCUGACAGUCGGUGACACCGCAGCUGGCAGUACACGCUCACAAUGGACGGAGAUUGCAAUACUCCUGACUGUGCUGGCAGGGAGUAUAGGCCUACUGGCGUUUACAUUUCUCGCUGUAACUGCAAUAAAAGCAUUACUGCCCCACAAUGGCAGAAUGAAUAAUCAAUGAACCAUGCAAAAUUACUAAAUAAACAUUUGAAUACA